CCAAGAUGGAUGCCAAGAAAGCGCUCGAAGAAACCUCAAAGGAAGAAGAAGAAGAAGAAGAAGAACCUUUGAAGCAAGCGGAGAAGACUGAUAUCAUAGGGUUUCUAUGUAUCGCAGUCCUCACGUACAUUAUUUACUCUUCAGUACUUAUCUCAGCACAAGACAUCCUCGCUUCGACUGGUAUUCCAUCAACCUCGAUAAUCCUGUGUUUAAACACUCCAUAUUUCAUCAUGACCCUACUUCUUCCUUAUUACAUCGAUAAGCUGUCCCUGAUGAACAAAGCUAUAGCCUCUUCUGUUCUUUUUGGUGCCGGACUACUACUAAUAACACUUAUACCUAAUCCUGGUCUACGACUUAUAGGAGUCGUUGUGUCUUCUCUGGGAAUGGGUACUGCUGAGAUUGGUUUUCUAUCUGCAACGUCCUUGCAUCAAGAAUUAACAGUACAUUCUUUCACUUCUGGGACUGGUAUUGGAUCUGUCAUUGGUACAAGUUAUAUCUCAGGUAUGACGACUUUAUUUUGCGUCAAUCCUAAAACUACCUUGCAGAUCUUGUUAGUUAUCCUACCACUCAUCCCAAUAAUAGCCUGGGUAAUAACAARAAGGCACGCCCCUGGACGAGGCGCGGCCACUGCACGUGGAAAUGACGUAAAGUUUACGCGUAUUGGCGAAGAGACGCAAGAUCAAGAUAUGCAUAUUCAUUUGACCUGGAAAGAAAAGUUUCUAGCAGCCAAAAAUAACCUGUUCUUGGCUGUACUUCUAUUUAUUGGACUGUUUUCCGACUACCUCAUAAUGCAAGGUGUCGUCACUACCAUUGCAUUUGAGAAUUCACCAUUCGAUCCCCGCAAUCAUUUCCAGUAUUACACACUGUCGUUUUGGCUAGGGGAAAUUAUUGGCCGCUCAUAUGGACUCGUUAUACUGUCUUUCAAGCCAUCCUGCACUGUUGUAACAGAGAAGACCUGGAUUCUAACAACGAUCAUUGCUUGCAACCUGAUAUUAUUAAUCUUCGAAAGCUGGUAUCGAUUUAUGCCGAAUUUCUGGUUCAUCAUAGUUUUAGUCAUUAUUACAGGGAUGGCAGAAGGAGCACUCUACCUCAACACCUUUGCAGUGGCGGGAAUGGAUAACCACGCGCGCUAUAAAGAAUUUUCCCGCGCUUUUUUGACUGCGGCGUUGCAAGGUGGCAUCGUUACGGCUGGUUUAAUGGGUCUCGUGGUUGAAUCCCAACUGCAAGAACACUGCCGCACUGUUCUCAAUCAGGGUGAAUAUUGCUUCACGCGCUUAGCUCAUGGACAAUGGAAUUCUACAUCAUCCUGUUUAACAAAGAACUAAAGCGCGACAUGACUGAUUAUUGCGCAGCAACACAUUGUCAGAAUUGAAGAGUUGUUCAACUAUCGAGUAUAAGAGCGCCGCUUUUAUUAUGAGUGGUAAACUUAUUGUACUAGCUUACAAACAUGAACACCUAAUGACAUGUCGUAAGAUGGAAAUGGCUUGCCAUUUUCUACCUUUAAUUCAAACGCGUAUUUACGGCUACGAUAAAGACUGCGCCGAUACGGUACGGCUACGAAUUUAUCGUAUAGCAAUCAGUAGAAACCGCGCUAUGCUUAAGUCUCUUAUUAUACUAACUCUUGUAUCAUUUUUUCAUAUUUAUCAAUUUUUGAAUAUUGAGUAUAUUAAUAUAUUUUUGGCCGAGUAUGGUGGGUUUGAAAUGGAAGCUACUUAUUUUACUUAGUAAAAAUAAUAUGAGUCUUUUGUAUCGCAUUGAGUUAUUUGUAAACUAACGCGCACUUCAUAUAUCGUGAUUUCACAUUUGUACUCACAUUGGUACAUAAUAAGGCACCAUUGUUAUCACUAUCACUGUUAUAUUUUAUCAGAAUUUUCCCGCUGAGUUGACUUUCAGUACAAACUCAAGGUCAACCAAUCAGAAUUGAGGAUUUAACAUUGAAUUUUGAUCAGCAUUUCCUAUGAUUCAGCCACGACAACCUAUUAAAUACAAGUUAUUCCUUCUUUUAAUUGAUCGUAAACUCUAGUCAAACUUAUGGCUAAAUUUUAUUCAAAUUAACAAUAAAAGUYCACGUAUUGUAGACUCAGAACUGAAAUGCUUGGAAAAUGCUAACUAACAAUAGUUGACCCACAAUUCCUUUCAGGGAACGUGAUCAGCUCGUUUGGAUCAUAAUUAUUUCUAAGAAAUUCCCAUUUACUUUGUACUACACAAUUUCUUAUCAAAAUUCAAGUUUACUAAGCGUGUAGCUAUGAAUAGAGGAUAUAUAGUUAGAUGUUCUUUAAUAUUCCAUUUUAUAGUUCUGUUCAGUGACUGUGGAUAAUAGUUCCAAGUCGAGGCUGGCGUUUCCCGAUAGCAAAACUAAUAUUAUACUCUUAAUCAUGUGCAGCAACUCUAACCUUGGCUUGGACAUAUUAUCCUUGGUUACUCAGUGAAUGGAAAUGUAAAAUGGAGUAUUA